AUGCCACCGCAGUCCGAAACAAAAUAUCUCCAUCAGCUGACCGAAGUCCCUGCCGGCUGGGAUCUGGCGACCGUCAUCGGCGCCUUCGCCCACUUGGCUGUUUAUCAAGGCGAUGCUUCUGCAAAUCGAGCUCGCGAGGUGGUGAGCCUGCGGCUGCUGGAGCUCUGGGCCGAGCAGCCGGCGGAGGCCGAGGCCUGGCUCGAGCGCUUCGGGGAGCUGAACAUGGCGACGAGGCAGGGGCGCCUCUGCGAGGCGCUGCUCCGGCACGGGGCGGCCGAGUGGGGGAAGUACGAAGACGACCUGUGGCGCUUCUCCGAGGCGGGGCUCCUUCGAGGCGAGCUCCGCCCAGCAGCGGAGCGGGAGGACUGGGCGGCUUUGUACCGGCAGCAGCCCCACACCCGCGAUCGCUGCCGGGAGCUCGCGGAGCAGCUCGUGGAGGCGGAGAGCCCGGAGACGGCGCGGAAGCGGCAGAAGCUCGAGGAGGAGACUGCCCAGCGGCAUCGCCUCGAAGCGGAGCUCCAGAAGUCGCAGGAGGAGGAGUGUCGAGAUCUUCGCAAUCGCCUGGCCACGGCGGAGGCGGAGGUGUCCAGCAAGGAGGCGGAGCUCCAAGCCGCGCAGAACGAGAGUGCCAAGUGCAAGGAGCAGUGUGCGGAGUUCGCAACUCGUGCUGCAGCUGCGGAGGGGGCGGCGGCGGAGAUGCGAACGGAGCUCCGACAGUUGCAGGAGGAGAAUGGCCAGUGCCAGGAGCGCUGUGAGAAGCUCUUGGCUCGUUUGGAGGCGGAAGCUUCCCAGCAUGCAGAGACCAAGGAGCGUCUUUCACAGGCCGAUUCCGAUGCUGCCGGAAAGGAGGUGGAGCUCCAGCGGCUGCAGGAGGAGAGUCGCGGUCUUCAGGAGCGCUGCCAGCUCGCAGAGGCGCGUGCGGCUUCGGCCGGGAGCCAGGCCGAGCUGCAGCUGGAGAAGGCGGUGCUCCAGCAGCACUUGGCUAAGGCAGAGGCGGAAAGGUCGGGGAUGCUCGGUCAGCUUCUACAUCUGCAUGAAGAGAAGGGCAUGCACAAGGAACGCAUUCGUGAGCUGGAGCGCCAGCUUUGCAAGGCGAAGCAACGCAAAGCCCAUCAUGCUGGUGCCCUCACUCACCAUGGCGUGGCAUUCAGCGAAGUGGCCUCCAGCAGCCAGGAGCCGGAUCUUGCUGAGCGGCUGGGGUACAGCAUCGUGGAUGAUGACGGCACUUCCUCUUCGGUCUUGAGCUGCUCCUCGUGGUUCUCAGUGAAGCCGGACUCCGUGAAAGAUCACUGCUUCAUGGUCGAUGCCAUCUUCAAAACCCGCAGCUAUGGGGCAGACUUCUUCUUGAUGGGGAGAGACCUCAAGAAAGGGUCGCAGGUGGUGGCAGCAGACGAUGCAACCAUCCUGGAGGUGGCCAAGUCGCCGGAAAUAUGCGAUGCCGGCGAGGUUGUGGAGAUGCAGGCGGGCACUGCAACUUUGCGGGUGACUCCAGACCACUUGGUGCAGGUCGCCGAUGUGAAGGGCGAGGUGGAGGAGAGCCUCUACCUUGAGGCUGGCAAGCUGAAGGUGGGCGACCUCGUGAUGCUCGACUCAGGCGACCCGGCGGCCCUUACCAGCGUCACCGUCCGGCCGCUGGCCUGCCAGGUGCUGAAGAUCGUCUUUGAGCCCUACCUUCCCGUGGCCGUCUUCUCUCGUCCGUCCUGCAUCCUCAGCUUGGGCCACAAGAAGGCGGUCAUUCGUCGUGGUGGAAGGGGCCAGGGAGGCCCGGGUCCCUUGGAUGGAAGCAUGGAUGGCAGGGCCUCCAUCCCGAUCACGGCGGGCGAUUACAUGGACUAG